UGUAUAUCUUCAGUUUGUAAGUCUAAAAUGUAGGGAUGAGCUCUUUACGAUGCAUGGCAAAACACCCAACAAUCUCCCUCGUACAAUCAUGCACAAAACUCAUGGAAAUCAAGCAAAUCCACACCCAACUCCUCAUUAACGGUCUUCUUAACGACCCUCUUCUCCACGGCCAAUUCGUCGCCUCCAUUGCUCUGAAACACCCCAACAAUCUCGAUUACUCCACUCAAGUUCUACACCAAUGCGACAACCCAACUCUCUUCGCCUUCAAUUCCAUGAUCAGAGCUCACUCCAAAAGCUCAAACCCACGAAGGAGCUUCGUCUUUUACAACAGGAUUCUACAAUCCAAUCUCAGUCCUCACCCUGACAAUUACACAUUCACUUUCUUGGUUCGCACUUGUGCCCAAUUGUUGGAUCGCGAAACGGGCCAGGCAGUCCAUUCGGCGCUGACGAAACAUGGGUUUGAAUCUGAUCCACAUGUUCAAAGUGGGUUGAUUUACAUGUAUGCUGAAUUGGGUCUCUUGGACUGUGCGCGUAAGGUGUUCGAUGAUAUUCCUGAGCCAGAUUUGGUGACUCAGACUGCAAUGGUGACCGCUUGUGUGAAAUCGGGUGAUGUCGGUUUUGCACGGGAUUUGUUUGAUGAAAUGCCUCAGAGGGAUCACAUUGCUUGGAAUGCGAUGAUUGCAGGGUAUGCACAGUGCGGGCAAUCUAGGGACGCACUAAAUUUGUUUCACUUAAUGCAAUUGGAGGGUGUGGAGAUCAGUGAGGUGUCAAUGGUUUCGGUUUUAUCUGCAUGCUCUCACUUAGGUGCCUUGGAUCAAGGAAGAUGGGCACAUGCGUACAUAAAGAGAAAAAAGAUACCGAUCACUGUCAUGUUGGGAACUUCACUUAUUGACAUGUACUCGAAAUGUGGGAACAUGGAUAAGGCAAUGGAAGUCUUUUGGGGAAUGAAAGACAAGAACAUUUAUACGUGGAGUAGUGCAAUGGGUGGGCUAGCGAUGAAUGGGUUUGGUUGGAAAUGUCUGGAGCUUUUUAACCUUAUGAAACAAGAAGGGGUUUGGCCCAAUGAGGUCACAUUUGUCUCUGUUUUAAGGGGUUGUAGUGUUGUUGGAUUAGUCGAGGAAGGUUGUAAGCAUUUUGACUCGAUGAGAAAAGAAUUCGGCCUUGAGCCUAUGCUUGAGCAUUAUGGUUGUAUGGUUGAUUUAUAUGGCCGAGUUGGCCGCUUAAAUGAUGCCUUAGACUUCAUAAAUAAAAUGCCGGUGAAGCCUCAUGCUGGUGCUUGGGGGGCUUUGCUUAAUGCUUGUAAAAUCUACAAAAACAUGGAAUUGGGUGAACUUGCAUCAAAAAAGAUAGUAGAGCUAGAAUCCAACAACCACGGGGCCUAUGUGCUCUUGUCAAAUAUCUAUGCUGAUUCGAAGAACUGGGAUAGAGUUAGUAAUGUAAGGCAAACAAUGAAAGCCAAAGGUGUCAGAAAGCUCCCCGGUUGUACUGUUAUAGAGGUCAAUGAUGAAGUCCAUGAGUUCUUUGUGGGGGAUAAGUCCCAUCCUAGGUAUGGUGAAAUUGAGGCAAAGUUGGAAGAGAUAUCUAUGAGGCUUAAAUUAUUGGGUUAUGUGGCUAAUACUAAUCCUGUUCUUUUCGACAUAGAAGAAGAAGAAAAAGAGGAUGCUUUGUGUAAACAUAGCGAGAAAGUUGCCAUUGCUUUUGGAUUGAUCAGUUUAAAGGAAGGUGUGCCUAUUAGGAUUGUGAAGAACCUUCGUGCUUGUUGGGAUUGUCAUGCUGUAACAAUAAUGAUAUCUGAAAUUUAUAAUAGAGAGAUCAUUGUGAGAGACAGGAAUAGGUUUCACCAUUUCAAAGAUGGAGAUUGUUCUUGUAAGGGUUAUUGGUAAAUUAAAUACACGAUGAUUUACGUAAAAUUCAUUUUGAAUA